AGUUGCCUCACGGUUAUUAUUAUUACUGUUGUUGUGUUUUCUCUUUUCUUGAACACCACUUUAUUGCAUGCACCCGUAAUUGUAUUGCCUAAUCUCAGUAGAUACUUUUUUUCUUUGUGGGUACCUCCCAAAAUGGAUGUUUUUCCGCAACAGGAAGAAUUUCUGCAAGAAGGGCGGACAGUACCUCUUUGGAAGAAGCAAGGAGAAUUUGUCCGCUUUUUAGUUAAUACCUACUACGUGGAACCGAAUAAACUUAUCGAGGAAGAAAAAGGUGUUUCACACCGCAACGAGCUGUCAGGCCUACCCUUCCAUGAUUUCCCUUUUGGUGACGAUGUAGCAAAAGUGCUGGGUCGCAUUGCCGAAGAAGCUGUGAUACUUGAUCAAAAGCAUGUUCAGGAAAAGCUGCCGUUUUGCAUUCUUGAGAAGCCUUUGGCGGUGCCUGCGAUGAUCGGCGUGCUCCUGCAGUGUUUCUUCUUUGAAGAGUAUGGGGUAUUUAUUUCCUCGACAACGUUUGACAUCUGGGCCUCCAAAGCUCUGGGCUUUGAAAUUCAUCUUUCCCGGGUUUGGCUGGAUGCAGAAUGCCACGUUCAUCGCGCGCUGCUUUGCAGCAGCGCAAAACGCUUGGUGAAUCAACGAAGUGCGCGAGAGACCGGAAUUCACGCAAUGAAUUUGCAGUCACGCAGCGGGGGACCACUGCAUCGAAUGUGGAACUACACGUACGGUUUACUUUGCGCCGAACUCUCUGUAACACCUUUGCAGCGAGAGGAUAGUGAUGAGUUAUUUUUGCAAGCGAUGAAGGGCUCUAUAAUUCUGCGUCAAAAUUUAGAAGCGGCACUUCGGAGUCAAAAUUUCGAUAAGGCUUCACCUACCGGUAUUCUUUACUCAACAGCAGAACCUGAGCUCUGCGCCUGCGCCACGUAUCACGUGUGUUUUCGUACGUUUGAGUCCGUUUUUAACAAGCAAACCAACACACGUGAGAAAAGGUUGUGUUCCGCUAAUGUAAUGCAGUACUUUUUCCACGGGUGUCUCAAUGCAUUUACAUUUAACCGUUACGAUCAAAAGAAAAUUCCAUCUUCAUUCGAGACUCUCGACUCUGUUGCAGUGUUGGCCGACGGGAAACGCAUGACUACUCGACGUAACUUAAAAGCAACCGGUAUGUCAGCUCUUCCUACAUAUUUGCAACGUGUGCAGCUGUUGAGUUACGAUCACAUUUCAGGAGAGGUUGUAUCGUCGACCAAUUGUAAUACCUUCAAACCUUCAAUUAAUGACAGUAAUAAAUUUUCAGAGAUGGAUUCAACGGCAAUAGACGUAAAUGCUAUGUAUUCGUUUUGCUCUAAUGAGCACACAGAGGAAGGAAAGAAACCAGAUAGUGACGACACUGCGUUAAAGCAAUCUUCUCCGCAAGAAGCCCGAAGCGACCGGGAGAAUUAUUCCAGAUUCACCACGUUCUUUCUUGAAAGGACUGACGACGACUGUGCAAAAUACAUUUUAUCGGAAGAGGAACGCAACGCCAAAAAGCUGAUCUACUCGCAAUUGUACGGUCACAAACGACGAAGAGUUCCCUAG